GGGGCGGCAGGCACCGGGCAACCAGGCGGGGCGGCAGGCACCGGGCCACCAGGCGGGGCGGCAGGCACCGGGCAACCAGGCAGGGCGGCAGGCACCGGGCCAUCAGGCGGGGCGGCAGGCACCGGGCACCAGGCAGGGCGGCAGCACCGGGCCAUCUGGCUCGACAGCGGGCACCGGGUCAGCAGGUACGACAGCGGGCACCGGGUCAGCAGGUACGACAGCGGGCACCGGGUCAGCAGGUACGACAGCGGGCACCGGGUCAGCAGGCACGACAGCGGGCAUCGGGUCACCAGGCAUCACAGUGGGCACUGGGUCAUCAGGCAUUGGAUC